AUGGAUGAGGAGCUCCACAGCCUCGAGCAAGAGUAUUGCCCACCCUUGGACCCAGCUCUCCUUCAUGCGCUGUACCCAGACUAUGCGGGGCAGCAAGAUGGCAUACAGGUGCUAAAGGGUCUUCUUGAGGACCUUAAGCAAACGGCAGCCGCAGAACAGCUUACCGACUUUGAUCCGUCGGGCAGCAGCAGCGGUGCGGUGCGGUCAAGCCCGAGCAAAGAAUCCGAUGAUGCUGCUUCAAGUGCGGAGACAUGGAUCUCGCAGACGACGGUGACUGACUCCACGAGCCUUUCGAACGGUUUAGCAACACUCGAGCUGGGGACCAACUUAGACCAUGCGACAAUGGGAGGAUACUUUCGAGAUACCGAGGGCUUUGACACACCAACGAAAGAAGCAUUGCUUGCCGAGACGUUCCCCACACUGCGGCUCGACCUCGUCACGUAUACGUUGAAAAAGUGCGGAGAAGACCUUGAGAAGGCGACGGAUGAGUUGCUGAACCACGUCUACUUUGACCAUGUAAGAGGGAGCCCUGAAGAACAUGCGCACGUUGUGAAGGGCAUCGAUGCGUUUUCGGAGGAGUACCACGUUCCGCAGCGGGGUAAGAAGGGCAAAAAGCGAAAGCAGAAGGGUGUAAAUUUGUAUGAUGUGAGAUCUGCAUCUAACUCGGAAUCAGAGCUCAGUCCGACCGGACCAACCGCGAACAAGUGGAAAGACAGCGGACGAGAUGUCGAGUUCUUAUCGUCACGGACGAAUGUGUCUGCCAAAACCGUUGCCUCGUUGUAUCACGCGAACGGGCUUUCACUAGUGGGCACUAUUACUGCAUUGAUGAAGAAAACCAUCGCCGCGCACGGGAAGGAAGAGCCCGAAGCGCCCAUCAUUCAGCCUGCCCUGGAGCUCAAUGACGAAUUUCCGAACAUAGAAUUAGAAUACGCUAUCGCUCUGAUCAGGCUAACAGCACCCUCCACAGCAAAGGCACAUGAGCUUGCAAAGAAACUCACCGUCUAUCCCAGCGCCUCUUCUGCUGCCAAAAGUGAUCUGCAAGUCAUACCCCGUUAUGCUCCAGUCAACCUCUCCGAACCCACGGUCACGAGUACAAAGCUCCCCGAGCUAGCGCCCUCUUCAACGCCACGAACAGCAGCCUCUCUGUCCGCAGCCCGCAGCUCAGCCUUUACUAACGCCUCGGCUGCGUACCGUAAAGGCCGCUCAAAUCCGCUCUACAAAGCCGCAGCAGGCUAUUACGCUCAAGUCGGACGCGACGCCAACGCGCACUUACACGCACAAUCCGAAGCUGAUGCUGACGCCUUCGUCUCACAGCAGUCUACCUCGACUGUUCUUGAUUUGCACGGCGUUACGGUGGAGAGCGCGACGAGAAUCGCGCGGCAGAGGACCCAGGCGUGGUGGGAUGGUUUAGGAGAGGCACGAAUUCCAGGCUAUGGGCAGGGGAGAGGUGGUGCAAGGGACGGGUUCAGGAUUGUGACGGGUUUGGGGCGGCAUAGUGAAGGCGGGAGGGGAAAGAUCGGACCUGCCGUUGUGAGGGCAUUGGUCAAGGAAGGGUGGAGGGUUGAAGUAGGGAGCGGAGAGUUGGUCGUUACGGGGAAGGCGAAACGGUCGUGA